UCAUUCUUAUUUACCCAUUUUGUGUUUAAGAUCAUAUAAAAUACAUGUUAUUAGUGUUGUUAAGUGGUUUAUUUUCAAUUAGUGCCUCAACAGUCGAACGAUUAUUACGAAAUAACGAUAUAAACUCAAGCGUUCAUACGUGUUUCAUAUUCAAAUAAGUGUUACGGUAUAAUUUCGAUCCUUAAUGAGGGUGAAUAAUCCUUGACAAUCGUCCUUUGCAAGGACAAGUCCGAUUAGUUGCUGUUUCACCGUAGACGGAGCGGUACAACAAAAAAGAAGCACUAAAUUUUAUUGCAAAUAUUUAAUAAACAGUGUUAAAUAAAACCAAAAUGCAAAUGGCAACGUCGAUAGAAACAGAUACGGGAGAAAUGAUAGUUAAAAGAGUGAGUGUUCCUGUGGGACUGGAAGAAUUAAUGGAAGGUUUAACAAAAGAAGUUUUAUCAAAAAAGCCUAAAGACAUUUACUUGUUUGCGUCUGAGUAUUUCGCCCAUUUACUGAAUCUCCGCGAAAAGGGAUCUCUUAAAGCAACAGUCGGAAAAAGAGCUCAGUCUGUUACAAAACAAAUUCCGGCAAAUAAUUUAGGAAAAAAUCUGAAAAUUAAAUCGAAUUCAGUAGACGCGGUUAAAAACCUUUCCAGGCAAAUUAGUUUACGAUCGAGUUCUCCUGCAAACAAAACUUUGACUACGAAAAAAAUAACAUUAGAAGACAAAAAUGCAGAAAAAACUAAAUCAUUUCUCAACAAGCGCAAAGCACGUAAAACCUCAAAGGAUAAUUCUUCAACAAGCUCUUCAAGCAGUAAACAACAAAGCGUUGAUGAGAAAAGUGAGAAGAAAACUCCGCGUUCUAGAGAGCGCUCUGUUAACAAAAAUGAGGAAAAGAGCACGAAAACACCUCACAAACGCAGCCAAGAAGGAGUCAAACAAGAGAAAUCAGCUAGUAAAUCAAAAGUUGAAGAGAAAAAGAAAGAAGUGACCAAACAUGUUCCAAAAGCAGUGAGCGUGGAAUCAUCCACAGAAGAUAAAAGUGAAAAUAUGAAGAAAGACGUCGAAAUUAUUGACAAUAAAAACCCAGAAGAUAACUGUAUCGGUUGUUCUAUGACAACUGACAGAGCUACAGACCUUCUUGUUAAAAAAACCGAUAAGGAAGCUGAGGUAGCAACAGCGAUAUCACACGUAAAUGAAGAAACAGAAGCAACGAGUAACAAUCAAACUGACAGUAACAACAAUAAAGAAAUCGAAGAAACAGUAAGUUCCCUUGAUGAGGUGGAUAGUAGUGUCUUCAGUCAAAUUACUGGAAUAAAGAAGAAUGAAGUAGAAAAGAAAGAAAGUAUAAAUAAAGCUGAAAGUCAAGAAAUUGAGAAAAGUGAAUUAAAUAAACAAGAUAUGAUUGAUUCUUCCAAUGAAGAAAGUUUGAACAAGAAGAAAAAAGAAGCAGAAGAAAAACCUUCAGAUACGAUCUCAUCUGAUUUAGUUUCGAGUGUAUCUGAACUACAGGAAAGUAACGAAACAAAAUCACUACAAAAUAAAAAGCAAAAAGAAGAAAUUCAAACGCAAGAAAUGAACAAAACAACAACAAAAGCUCUUAGUUCAACUGAGGAAGAUGUUACUUCGAAUUUAAAAACUGAAAAUGAGACGCAAAUGAAACAUUUACCCGACAAAACAACAAAUGAAACUACAAACCAAGAAAAAAAUAACAGCUGUGAAACUGAAACUGGAGUGAAAAAGGAUGAAACAAAUGUAUUAGAUAAUAAAGAGAAUACAAAUGAUAAACAUAAAGCAUCUUCUGAGAAAGAUAUAAAAAAUACUAAAAAUGAGGCAGAUAGUACAAGUUCGAGCAAGGUUAUUUAUGAAACUGAUAAAACAGAAAAUUUGAAAGAAAACGUUGAACAUGAGAAAGCCAAAGAUAUUAAAAGUUCUAGCAAAGAUGUGGAUGAAAUUAAUGACAAAGAAAAUGAAAAAAUAUCUGUCGAAAGUAAUAAAGAAAAUGCAAGUGAGAAUCAAGAAAAUAAAAAAGAAAUAGACGUUAAUAAUACAACUCAAGACAAGAAAGAAAAAGUUCCUGAAGAAAUGAGCAAGUUGACCAAAAUUCCAACACCACUAAUGCCAGCCAAUAACGGAAAUGUUCAAGAAAUAAGUAAAGAAAAUAAAAUUAACAAACAAGAACAAAAAGAUGUGAGAUCAAAAGACAGUAUCAAAAUCAAAAAUAACAAAUCGAAAUCUCUCUCACAAGAGAGUUUGAAAACUAAGGACGAGAAAGCGGCUCGAAAUGUGAAACGUGUUAAGUCCGUGGAUUUAAUAAAUAAAAAUCAACUAGAAGCGACGAAAUCAAAAACUUUUGUGAAAACAAAUAAAACACAAAAUAAUGAAACUACGAAAGAGUCAACUGUUGCUCCAGAAAACAAAAAUGUGAGAAAAAAGAGAUCAACAUCGGUGGAAGUUCCAAAGGAAACAAAUUUGAGCAAAACUAUUAAACAGACAAGUUUCGAUUCAUCCAAGCUUCGUGAAGAACUGAAACAAGUGGACGAAAUAGGCAAAGUAACUGCUUUCAAAACGAGUUAUAAUCCCUACAUACUAAGACAGGAAAUUAAACAAGCAUCUCAAAAAUCCGAAGAAAAAAAUCCAUUUGAAACUAUUGCUAAAGAUGUAACUGCAGCAAUAAAAAUACAAACAGCUUGGAGAGGGUUUACUGCAAGAAAAAAGACAAACAAAUUACAAAAUGAUAGAAAAAGUACAGUCGACGAAAAUCAGAAGAAGACGGAAGUUACACAAGGAACCGAUAAUAAGUCUGCAUUUGAAGAUAUUGCUAAGGACGUAGCUGCUGCAAUAAAGAUUCAGUCAAUGUGGAGAGGAUUUCUAGCGAGAAAAAAGAACAACAAACUAACUCAGUCUAGCAAAAAUGAUAAAAAAAAUAAAAAUGAGAGUAAAACAGUUAAGGGACUUGAAGAAAUAGAAAAGCAAAAAGUUACACAUGCUUCUGAAAAAAUUGAAGCUGAAGAAACGAAUACUCCGGAGAAAAGAAGUGGGUUUGAAAGUAUUGCCAAAGACGUUACUGCGGCAAUAAAAAUUCAGUCAGUGUGGAGAGGAUUUCUUUCAAGGAAAAGGAAAAAACAUGAAGAAUAUAAAGCAGUUCAAGCGGUAGACAUCAACAGAGAGCCAGAGAAAAAAGAUGUUGAACAAACAUCUAAAGAAAAUAAAAUCCAGGACAAGAAUAAUAAGCUAGAAAACAUCGUGAAGGAUGUUGCAGCUGCAAUAAAAAUACAAUCGAUAUGGAGAGGAUUUCUUGUAAGAAAAAAAACUAAGAAAUCUGAUAACGACAUCGAACGGAAUGAAAACACACCUAAGGUAAUGGUGGAUAAGGAAAUAAUCAACAAAGAACAAAAGGUUGACCCAAGUAUUGAAACCAGUAACGACAAACAAAGUAAUGAAGCGAAAAGUAUUUCUGGAAAUGUUGAUGAAAAUGAAAAUCGGAACAAAAGUAAAAGGAAAGAAGAGCACCAGGAAACUAAAGAAGUGGAGAAACGUGACAGCAAAAUUAAAGACGACGAAAAAUCGGACAAAGUUACUACUUCGGCACUAGUUAUUGCUGAAAAAAAUGAUAAACUUGUGGAUUCUAAAGAGAAACUAAAUAAUUCUGAAGGUUCUAGUACAGGAAAUGCAAACACCAACAUUAAAACAACGAAGAAUUUUGUUAAAAGCGACGUGGAAAGUUCGAAGAAUAAAGAAUCUGUUGCAAAAACUAGUGAUGAAAACAAUUUAAACCAGGUACAAAUAAAAGACGUAAAUGAAAAUGUAACGCAAGAAAAAGACAACACUAAAGAAAAACUAGAUGAAAAAAUAGAAUUAACCGACGUGGAAACUUCUUCUACAACUGAUAUUAAAAAAGAUGAACAUGACAAAACUACAAUAGAAGAAAAUAAAACGCCACAAAACAAAUUCACUGACGACAAAAAUUCUACAGCUGAAGAAGGAACAAAAGUAAAAACUACCGAAGACGUAACGGAUGUUGAAACGCUAAAAUUAAAUGAUCAAAUGAAGCCAGAAAAAGAGAAUGGGCAUGAAAAACCAGAAAAUAAGAAAAUUGUGAGAAAGGAAAAUAAAGCGGAACAAAACAAACUCAGUAACGACAAAAAUUUUACAGAUAUACAAGAAGAGACUAAAGUAAAAACUACCGACGAUGUAGCAGAUAGCCAAAUUCAAAAAGUAAAUGAACAAACCAAACAAGAAAACGAAAAGGACCAAAAAAAACCCAAGCAAGAAAAUAAAGAAACAACGAAAAAAGAAGAUACAACGGGUCAAAACAAACUCAACGACGUCAAGAAAUCUACAGUAAUACAAAAAGAAACGAAACUGGAAACGAUCGAAAAAACUAUUGAAAAUGUAAGAAAUGAUGAAAUAAAGCAAGGAACAGAAGACCAGAAACAAUCCAAACAAGAAAAUGAGAAAACUGCGAAAACAGGACAAAACAAAGUCAGCGACGUCAAGAAAACACCAUCACUACAAGAAGAAACAAAAUCAGAAAUGAAACAAAAAACCAAUAAAAAUGAGAUAGAUGAUAACAAUCAAGAAAAAAUUAAUCAAAUCAAGAAAGAAAAAGACAAUAAAGACGAUAAAACAAGUACACCACAAGAAAAAGAAAUUAUCGAUGCAACAAAUACUCAACAGUUAAGUAGGAUAGAAACAGAAGAAAAAAAUGAAAUAAAACAAAACGAAAAUGGUAUUAAAAGUGACAAAGAAAAAUCAAAAACAAUCAACAGUUUGUCUUCUAAUGAGAAAGAUAUGAAAGAAGCAAGGAAUACUACUGUCAACGAAGCAAAAAAGGAAAAGAAAAAAGAUAAACAAGAGAUUAGCAAAGAGAAACAAUAUUCUGUUGAAAAAGAAAAGCAGAAUGUCGAAAAAAUUAAACCGGAAAAUGGAAAAAAUCCCAAACAAAUAGAUGCAGAUUUUAAAAACGAAGAAACAGAUAAAAAAAAUUCUGCGGAUCAAAGUGACCAAAAUAAAACGGAACAGGGUGUAGAAAAAAGUACAAGUAAAGUUUCGUUGCAAUCUACAAACAAAAGCGAUCAUAACGAAUCAACAACAAAAAAUAACGAGUUAAGCACAAAUAAAUUAAAUGGAACAGAUUCCGAAUCAAAAUCAAAUAAAGAGACAAAUAUAGACAAAAUCAAAGAAGUAACCGCAGACAAAUCUCAUGAAAUACAAACGACGAGAAAUGAAAAAGAAGUUAAAGUCGGAAGUUCUGUAGAUGCUACAAAUGUUGAAAGCAAGAAAAUUAACGACAAACAAGAAAAUCACGACAAAAACAGCAAUUCAAAACAAGACAACUUGAAAACAAAAUUAGAAAAUACAACAAGCAAUGAAAAAGCUAAGCUCUUGGUUGAAAAAAGUGACUCUAAAAAUCUUCCUGAUAACAACCAAAGUGAAAAAAUAAUUAACAAAAAUUCAACCACCAGCGAGAGCAAUUCUCAAAACACCAACAAAAACUUGCAAAACCCCGCUACUAAAGAACACAAAGAAAAAAUCGACGAAACACAAGGACCAGACAAAGAAACAAAAAUUGAACCCAAAUUACAAGAAGAAUUGCUAGUUAAAAAAAACGGAAUGAAACUUGACAAAGAAAAUAGUAAAAAGAUAGUUAAUGAAGAAAAAACAAACGCGAUGUCUAUGGCUGAUGCAGUUUUGAAAAUCCAGGCCCUGUGGCGUGGUUUUAGAGCCAGAAAACAAUUUGAAAGAGUUUUUGGUACAUCGGUUAAAAAAGAGGUUAAAAACAAGGAAGCAUUGGAAGCCCGAAAGAUGGAUAAAACCAAAGCUAUUUCAAAAAUUCAAGCCUUGUGGAGAGGUUACCAAGUGCGAAAAGGAAUCAGAGAAUUUGAUAAAAAGUUAUCAGAGCAACAACAACCGGCGGAAUGCGAUGAACUCCCUUGGCAUCGAGGAUUAAGCGAUGACGCUAUUUUUAAGGCCGCUUGUAAAAUUCAAGCUGGUGUGAGAGGAUAUAUGGUUCGGAAAAAAGGAAGCUACAAUAAAGGAACCUUAAAAAGUAUUACCGAAGAACCAACCGAUGAAAAACUGUCCGACGAACAAGUUUUAGAAGCACUGAAUCAAUUACAAGAAGUUCCCGAAGAACCUCCUUUUAUAAAAGCACACAAAAACCCCGAAAAGUCCGUUUUACCUGCCAAUGAACCCAAUAAAUCAAACCAGUCACCACCAAUUUUAAAUAAAAAUGAACUUGGCAGCAACCUAGAAAAAGCCAAAGUCUCAAUUAACGCUACAACAGGAAAUGAAAUUCCUAAAAAUAGUACAACUGAAUCCAAAGAAGAUAAUAAAACAACCGAAAACGAUGUCGAAUUUAUUGCCGGGGAAUUAAACUCUUCCACUGCAAAUAAACUCUCAGACUCAAAUUCCGCUCCGUUAAUUGACGAUUCUAUUUCUAAUAGUGUCGUAAACAAAGCCGAAGUUGACCCAAUUUCGCGCGAAGAACCUGGGUAUGAGGACGCACCCACGCGUCCUGUAACAUCCAACAAAAAGGAAAAGGGGGAAGAUGAUAAAGAAAAGAACAAAAACGACGUAAAAACAGAACCUGAGAGUCAAGAAUCCUCGCACUCUGGAGAUUCUAUCGCUAAGAAAGAAUUUGCUGACGAAACUAACCAAAACUUAUCAGAAGAAGCUGGAGAAAAAUUACGUCCAGGAGAGGACGAAUUGGCAAAAACUGUUGAUAUCAACGCUGAAAUUGCCAAAAUGAGUAAAACGGUUUUAGAAGAAGAAAUUGAAAACUAUAACAAACAUUUACAAGAAAUGGCCGCUAAGAAUUACGAAGAGUUUAUUGAUACCAGCACUUUAAAAAAAGAACCUCCUGUUGAAAAAGAUAACAAAAUCACAAGUGAAUUUAAAAAUAACGAGUUAAAUAAUAAGUUAAACAAGUCUUCUCUCGAAAAUGAGAUUGAAAAGUCUACCAAAGUUUUGCAAAAAAAUGUGUUGGAGAAAAAAGAUAUGAGCACUGAGACUGAAAUACAUGAAGAAAACGCGGCUGCAAGCAACGUUAAAACAGAAAAAGAAAUUCUGCGUGUGCACAUCCCUCUGAGAGAGCUGUCCGAUAUUAAAGAAGAAGAUACGGACGACAAAUCUCCAAUAGAUGCGAGCAAAAAUUUGGACACAAAAACCCGGAAAUCUCCAACCACCACAAUCAGCCUUGUCCACACCGGAGAGCUCCACGACGCCAUCGCCGUGCCCAUCCCUGUGACACCCCCAGGAGGCCAAGCAUCACCCCCAGGUCUGGUAAACACAGGAGAACUCCACGAUAACGUAGUCCCUUUAUCCGUCCAGCUAAACGAAGCUCCCCCAGCAGGUGCUGAGGUCCUGACGUCACCCGUGUCUAACUCAAUCACCACCGAGGCGCAAGCGUCAAAUAAAGACGCCUCAACAUGUGAGGCUCAGCCAGACAAGACAACGCCGUCGUCAGAUAGUAUGGAAACAGAAAAACGAAACAACGCAUCGAUACAGAAGAAGAGCAUGGAAGCCGAAGCCGCCACCAAGAUCCAAGCCGGGUUCCGGGGCUACCAAGUGCGGAAGCAACUGAAGAACAAGGUCAGCGCCCCCGGAGACAUAUCCAACCAGCGGCGCUCCGCCCGCCGCAAGAGCUCCGGGAGGUUGGCGGACUCCGGAAGGAUAGCGCAGACCAAGUCCAAGUCGCCAUCGGACAUUGAGGAGAAAUCCGCUGUGAAAAUUCAGGCGGGCGUCCGCGGAUUUCUGGUGCGCAGACGACAGAAGAAGCAGAUCCAAGGAAAAGAGUCAUCGUAAAGUUCACGAAAAUAGCACAUCGCUUUUUAGCCGACAGUUUCAUCAUCACGACCAUGAAAAACUGGUGCAAGUUCAUUCAUAUAAAUAUUUCCACAAUGUAAAUGAUGUGAUUUCGUUUAUUUGUAAUUGCAGGCUAUUUUCGUUAGUAUUAACCUCAUUCGAUAUUUUUCGGCUCGCUAGCAUUUCUAAAAACGGACUCAAAAGCACGAUCAUCGGCCGUCCAUUCAUCGAUUAAAUGCACACAUAAACAACAUUGUUUAUAAAGCUAGUAGACUUGUAUGUUAUGAUUCCAGUAAUAUUUAUAAUAUUUAAGCACUUUCCAGAUAAUGACGUAUAAUUAGUGAUGAUGAAUGAGGGUACACAAAUUUUAGUUUAUCCAAAAAUAACUUUAUUCUAGAUACCCGUAAGGAAGUCACAUUUUAUUGUAAUUAAUUUUGCUCAGACAAGGACGAGGAUAGCGAGAUAUUCGUUUUUUAUACAUGAAAAUGUGUUAUUGAACGUAGUUGGGUUGGAAAGGACGGUAAAUAAAUUGUAUCUGUUUUUUUAGUUUUAAAUUGUUGACACACUACUAGUAUUUAUUACAUAAUAAAAAUAAAAUACUGUAUUUAUUUGUUUUCUGGAAUUAUUUAAGUCGGAAAAACUGGUAUGUGUACAACUUAUUCAUAUUUUAUUGUUAAUGUUUAAAUUACUAAAUACAAGAAUCUGUAUUUAUAUUUUCUUAAGUUAGGUCUAAUAAAAAAUGCAAAAAUUA